UACACCUGGUAAAUACUACAUUUAACGGUGAAUUUAUCGCACAACCCAACAUCACUGUUAAAGAAAUUCCUACGAAAAAUCAACCGCUGUUUCGUACCUCCGAUCUCGACGAUUGGUACACCAGACACGUAAUCGAUAGAAUUUGAACGUCUUUGGAAGAUUUUCAAGAACGUGACAGCGAUUGGGCGUUAUCGCGCAUUCUGAAUCUGCUUGUAAACAUUAACAAAUACAAUCCUAUGCGUGCGCGAUGUUGGAUACAAAUAUCGUGCAAUAUCAAGCUAAGAAUGCAAUCGUUAACGUGCGCACGAACGAUAACGCGUGUUUUGCGUGGGCGGUGACCGCCGCUCUCUAUCCGGUGAAUCAUCACACGGAGAGAUGCAGCCAAUAUCUGCAUUAUUCAACAGUAUUGAAACUCAAUGGCAUCGAGUUUCCGAUGACCCUGAAACAAAUCGCGCGAUUCGAACGUUUUAAUGAACUGUCCGUUAAUGUGUUCACUCCUCCAGAGGGAGAAGGUGGACGAAAGAAAAAGAACACAGAUAUCGUUCCUCUGCGCCUCGCUGACAACAAAAGAGACGUUCAUGUGAAUUUAUUAUACCUGACAACACCACGACAUAAUAAUAAUAAUAAUAAUAAUGAUACUGACAAUACUCGCGUCACAGGUCAUUUCGCGUGGAUAAAAAAUCUGUCUCGAUUACUAUCAUCACUAUUAAGUCGAAAUACGCGAAGGAAACACAUCUGCGAAAGGUACGAUGAUAUCUCCUCCUCCUCCUCUCACCCGAGGAAGGAAUAAAUGUGUUUUUUUUUAAAUACAAAAUGUAUCCUUUUUCUUCUUCUUCUUCUUUAUCUUACAGAUGUCUUAAUUACUUCUACACGCGUGACAAACUGAUCGCUCACAGCGUCGACUGCGGUGUCAUGAACGAUUGUGCCAUCAUAUUGCCAGAUAACGAGGACAAAUGGCUCUCUCAUCGCAAUUACGGCAGAAAGGAACGCCUGCCAUUGGUUAUCUAUGCGGAUAUGGAAUGCAUAUUGGAAAAAUAGAACAACGGAGAGGUCCCCGUUGUCAACAGCGGCUCUUACGCAUAUCAACAUCACAAAGCGUUCAGCGUGGGCUAUUAUUUGUGCUGCGCACUCGACGACGACGACGACGAACUCGCUUCCGGUAAUCACUUUCGUCGCGGAGACGAUUGCGUCUCUUGGUUCGUUGACGAACUCGGCGCGAUCGCGGAGUGCGCGUACACGUUACUAUCCGCAAACAUCAAACCUAUGAAGAAACUAACCCCGACAGAGGAACGCGAUUUCGCCAGCGUCGACGCGCGCUGCCACAUAUGCGGUGGACCAUUCGAAUCGGACGGCGACACCCGAGUGCGCGAUCAUUGUCAUCUAACGGGUCGUUACCGAGGCCCCGCACACUCACACUGCAAUCUCAAUUAUCGCAAUUCGCACAUCAUCCCCGUGUUCUUUCACAAUUUAUCGGGUUACGACGCACACUUUAUAAUCGAGCGAAUAGCCAACUCGUUUGAAGGUAGCGUUGAUCUGCUGCCUGUUGCGAGUCCGAAACGUCGCGGUAAUGUGGGGUUGCCCGGCACAGCGCGGUAGAGCAGGAGGAGGUGGUGAGGCGCGAUACUUAAUAAAGUGCUUUGUGAUUGAUAAAAACUGAACUGGUCGUUUAUUACUUGAUUGCCCGAUACAAUUUUACGUACGCAUCCAACAGCGUGUCGGUGCUCGAGAGUUGAAAGUUUGAGUCGCACGUUACAAUAUUGCGUACGCGUCCGACAGCGUGUCGGUACCCGAGAGUUGAGAAUUUGAGUCGCUCGUUACAAUAUCGCGUACGCGUCCGACAGCGUAUCGGUAUCCGAGAGUUGAGAAUUUGAGUCGCUGCCGCGCCGGUCUUACGUCCCCUUUUAUCCUCGUCCUAUGAUUUAAUCGGAGGGGACGGUGUUGAUGUGUCAGCGUCAUCUAAAUGCUGACCAUCCUGAUUUCGAUAUCUCUAUUACAGGAAUGCCAGGUUGCAUUUCUGCAUAGCGACGUUUGGUAAUUCGGAGCCGUGACCCCGUGGUCUUUGACAUAUUUUAUCGUUGCGCUUACAACAUGCCGAUCAACAAGGAAAGGUACCUGUCUUUCACGAAACAUCAUCAUUCACAAAAACAUCAAGUGCGCACGCGACAAGUGGAGACAGCGGGUGAAACUACGUUUCGUAGAUUCGUUCCGAUUUCUCAGUACAAGCCUCGAUAAAUUGGCGUCGUUUCUCGACAAGGAUAAACUACGCGCGACACGAUCGACGUUCUCGCACCUAACCGCGAGUGAUUUCGCACUGCACAUACGCAAAGGUGUGUUUCCGUACGAAUAGGUCGACAGUGCCGCGCGAUUAACGGAAACCGAAUUACCGUCACGCGACGCUUCCUACAGUUCGUUGAGCGAGGAAAUUGUCAGCGAGGCCGACUACGAACACGCCGAGACCGUGUGGAGACGAUUCGACGUAUGUAAUCUCGGCGAAUACAGCGACCUGUAUCUGAAAACUGACGUGAUGCUGCUGACCGAUAUCUUUGAGAACUUUCGCCACGUGUGCACCGACAGUUACGGCUUAGACCCGACACAUUAUUACACUUUGCCGGGCUACACGUGGGACGCCAUGCUGAAACACACCAAUGUGCGUCUCGAAUUACUGACCGACAUCGACAUGAUGCUGUUCGUAGAGCGCGGUAUACGCGGCGGACUUAGACAAUGCUCGAACAGAUACGCGCGCGCCAACAAUCGAUAUAUGUCGGACAGAUCGAGCAGCAGCAGCGAAGACGCGUCUCAUGAGUCGUAUCUAAUGUAUUACGAUGUGAACAAUCUGUACGGCUGGGCAAUGUCCGAAUCCCUGCCUUACGGUGACUUUCAUUGGCUCGACAAUAUCGAUAUCGCGCGCCUCGACGUAACGUCCGUUUCGUCGAAUUCAGCGAUCGGUUAUAUCCUGGAGGUCGAUAUCGCGUAUCCGCGCGAACUGCACGACGCGCAUGAGGAUCUUCCGUUUUGCCCGACGCGCGAAUGCCCGCCCGGUAGCGUAGCCGCAGCAACAACAAAAAAUUACUGGCUACACUGUGGGAUAAAUCGCGCUACGUCAUUCACUAUUGAUGUAUGCAGCAAUGCAUCGCGCACGGACUCUCCCUGACGCGAAUUCACCGCGCCUUGCGAUUCGCGCAAUCACCGUGGCUCCGUGGCUACGUUGAACUCAACACGGGCUUUCGCAUCGGCGCGUCCAACGCGUUUGAGAAUAAUCUCUACAAGCUCAUGAACAACGCGGUGUUCGGCAGAACCAUGGAAAACGUGCGCGAACACCUGGACGUGCGUCUCGUGACGCGCUGGGACGGACGUUACGGCGCGGAGGCGCUGAUCGCGAAACCGAAUUUCCACAGCCGGAGCAUCUUUUCCGAAGAUCUAAUGGCCGUGGAGUUGCGCCGACUGCGCGUACAAUUUACGAAACCGAUAUACGUGGGCAUGUACGUACUUGAGAUCUCGAAGACGCGCGUGUACGAAUUUCACUACGAUUAUAUGCUGCCGCUGUAUCGCCACAUCGACGAUAAUAAUACUAAUAACGAUUCGUUGUACUGUCGUCUAUUGUACACUGACACCGACAGUCUGAUUUAUCACAUCGUCACAAACACGACGACGACGAAUUCGUAUGAGUGUAUGUGGCGCACUCUACUGCGAUUCGACUACCCGACGGCCAAUGCGUACGAUAUGCCACGCGCGAACAACUGCGUGCCCGGUCUUGUGAAGGACGAAAAUUGCGGCGCGGUCAUGAGCGAAUUCGUCGGAUUACGAACGAAGGUGUACACCUAUCGGGUGGACAAUAGCUUCGUCGAUCGUUAA